GACGAGUCUGAGUGGCCGACGAGACAAGCAAGGCUGAUCAGAGGAGAGGAACAGAUUGGCGACAGGCUAGUUCUGACGGAAAGCUCAACAGGCAACGGCAUGGACGUGGACGAGCUGUUCAACGCUGGCGAGGAUGCCUUUGAGGAAGGGGAGUACAUGGCCGCCUCACGGGUGUACUCGGAGAUCCUGGAGAUCGACCCCGAGUACGUGAUGGCGCUUGUGCGCCGGGCCGAGUGCUUUAUGCACUUGCGGAUGAAUCAGUUGGCGCUGACGGAUGCACAUCUGGCAUGUGCGGCGUUUGCAGACUCGGUCGACUUUCGCGAUCCGGAGCGCAUUGUGGCGCUCCAUACUCUGGCCAAGGUGCUGGCGGCAGCAGAGCACUGGCCGCAGGCUCUAGACGCGUAUGAGCAUGUGUGCUCGAUCAUGCCCGAGUCGGACGUGCUGCGGUCCGAGUGCGAUGAGGUGCGGAAGCGGGCUGAGGGUGGCCGGCAGCGGACGAGCCGGGUGUGGGCUGCGCACCUGAUUGCCGCUGUGUCCGUUGACGGCCGCGAGCCUCGACCGCAGCGGCAGCGGCGGCGCAGGAAGAAGAGCAAGUCGGCCAGAGGCAGACGUAACCGCGGGAACGUGAGCCGCGUCCAGUCCUCACCGUCGCCGCAUGCCUCGGCCGAGGCGAGAUUUACCGGCGAUCGCGAUCCGCUUCAGGACGUGUUGGUGUCCAAGGGCGUCUCGACGCCUUCACCUCACACCUAUCGCCACUACCACGUUCGGGUUGUUCCGUCGCCACUCCGAGGAGGAGCCAGCUCGGCAAGCCCGUCAGCGCCGCGUUCGCCGCCGCGGUCCCGGGCGCUGACGCCCGGAGCCCGCUCGCUCCAUUCUCCGUCCGGGCCGAGACGAAGCGCUCACGGCCAGUCGGUGGUGCGAAUAUCUCCGACCGUUGCGUCACGGGUAGGAGCCCGUCACAAACUCAACGCGUCGGGGCUCGGGGCAUGGCAGGGCAUGCAUGGCGACUCGUAUGUCGCCGACGUCGUCGCCGAUGUCGCUGACGAGUCGCGCGAUGCCCUCGGCGCUGUCCUCCGCACCACCCCGCAUCUCGGCCUGCACACUUUUCGCCAGGAGGUCCGCGCCUCAGUACGGCCCCAGAUGCGAGCGCUCUUUACCACGCAGCUGCGCACUGGCUCGUCCAAGGACACCCAGGCCAUGCUUCGCGACUCGCUCGUUGCCGAGGACGAGGUCGGCAAGACCUCGGCCGUCUCGCUCACGGCCUCGCGAAAGAAGUGA